AUGGACCCUACAGCCACUGUGCUCACGCUCUUUGUUCUCAUCAGCUUACAAAUUAUGACCCUGUCUUCAGAUCUCAAUGGGCAGAAAGCACAAGGCAGUGAGGAUCACCCCUAUGACACUAGUCAGCUCCUGAAAAGCAAUAGGUAUAACCCAUACAGUAACAGUCAGGCAGAAGGUAGUCAGGUAGAAGCAAGCAGUCAGACUGGACAAGGCAGCCAAUAUAGCACCAGUCAAGGAAUAAAAGGCAAUGGGUAUGAUCCAUACACCAAUGGACAGGAAACAGAAGGUAGUCAAUAUGACCCAUAUGACACUAGUCAAGGAAUAAAAGGCAAAGGGUAUGAUCCAAAUGCUAAUGAACAGGAAACACAAGGUAGUCAAUACAAUCCACAUGGCACAAGUCAGGGAAUAAAAGGCAAUGAGUAUGAUCCAUACAACAAUGGAUAUGACCCAUAUGGCAAUGGACAGGAAACACAAGGCAGUCAACAUGACCCAUAUGGCACUAGUCAGGGAAUAAAAGGCAAUGGAUAUGACCCAUAUGGCAAUGGACAGGAAACACAAGGCAGUCAAUACAAUUCAUAUGGCUCUAGUCAAGGAAUAAAAGGAUAUGGAUAUGAACCAUACAACAAUGGUCAGGAAAUACACAAGAGUCAAUAUGACCCAUAUGGCACUCAUCAUGGAAUGCAAGGCAAUGGGUAUGAUCCCUAUAACAAUGGACAAAAAUCUAAAUAUAACCCAUAUGACAUCAGUCAGGGAAUAAAAGGCAAUGGGUAUGAUCCAAAUGGCAAUGUAUAUGAUCCAAAUGGCAAUGCACAGGAAACACAAAGCAGUCAAUAUGACCCAUAUGGCACUAGUCAGGGAAUAAAAAGCAGUGGGUAUGAUCCAUAUGGUAAUGGUCAGAGAGAAGAAGCCAAUCAAUAUGAUCCAUAUGGUACGACUGAUGGACUGAAAGGCAGGCAAUAUGACCCAUAUGGCAAUAAUCAAGGCAAUGGAUAUGAUUCAUAUAGUAACAUUCAGACAGAGCAACUCAACCAAUAUGACAUUAAUGGGUUGGUGACAAAUACUCAAUAUGAUCCUUAUAGCAAAGGUCAAGGAGGGAAAAGUAAUACCUAUGAUCCAUAUGGAAAUGGACAAGAAACACAAGACACUAGUCAAGGAGUGAAAAGUAUUCAGCAAGACCAAUAUGGCAAUAUGGAAGAAACAAAAAUCAAUGAGCAAAAUGAUCAGCCAAUACAAAAUAGCAAAUAUGACCAAUAUGGCAAUGGGAAAGUUACACAAAGUACUGUCUACGACUCUGAUCUGAUCCAGAAUAUUGAUUAUAAUUAUAAACAUAGUCAGUAUGGAUCUAAUAGUCAAACUAAUGAGGAUAAUGGGAAAUAUGAGAGAUCUAGUCUGGUGUCAGAAUCAGAGAAGACAGCUGAGUUCUGA